GCGGCCGGCACUGGCGGGAGAAGAACUGCAUGCGGCGGUACGGAGCCGGCCAUAGGUCACCCAGUUGAGGUCAGCUAACAAAGGCAUAGUAGCUUGAAAGCUACCGACUUGCUGCAAACCCUUGAACAAGGCUGAUGAUAUGAGCAAAAUCUUCCAGCCAUGAAAAAUAUUCUGAAGCAAGGGUUUUUUUUCUACAGUUGGAUGUUAUAGAAGAUUUUGAAAGUACCUAAUAGAAGAAAGAAAACAGUAAGCCUACCCGUAUACAAAUGCAGCUUUGGGGAAUCAAAUCACUCCAGCUAUUUACAAAAAAAUGUGGGGUAAAAAAAAAGCUGUUGACAGAACAUUUUUGUAAAAAACAGGUCCCACAUGCUCUUCUUGUUACCUCUACCUCUCUCCAGAGCAACAAGAAAGAUGGUUAUGAACAGGUUAGCAAAAAAUACAAGGACCUGCACCGCUCUGUCACGUCUUUCAAAGAUAGGCCUCGAACCCCAGAAACAUUAUUUAAAGAAGACAGUUUGAUAUAUGGACCAGUGAUUAAAUGCAGGUCUCCAGAUAAGGCUGCUGAAGCAAAAACUCCAAAGAACUGGGUCCCUCUAUUAAAUCCCAGUAAGAAAACUUUGCCUCUAACCAAUGACCCAAGGCUCCCACUGAAAGUUAGUUUAGGAAAGCACAGCAUACCCAGUGUGACAAAUAUCCUUCAGCAGACCAUGCCUGAAGAACAGGCCUUUUACCUGAAGAGGUGGAAACAGCAGAUGAUACUGAAACUUGGAGAAGAUGGUUUUGCAGAGUACAACAAAAACAUCCUUCUUCAAGGGACGCUCUUUCAUGCAGCCUUGGAACAUAUAUGUCAGUCUAGAGAGGUCCCUCAGCAGGAGCUGGAAGAUGCCAUUGUCUCUGGCUAUGUGGAAAGUGUGCAACAUGUCCUGAGAGAGAUGAGUGGAGUAAAAGCUCUUGAAAGUGCUGUCCAGCAUGAGACUCUUCAAUAUCUGGGCCUGGUAGAUUGUGUGGCUGAGUAUCGAGGCCAGUUGUGUGUGAUUGACUGGAAGACAUCGGAGAAACCAAAGCCAUUUCUACGGAACACAUUUGACAACCCGUUACAGAUUGCAGCCUAUGUUGGAGCCAUAAACCAUGAUGCUAAUUAUGACUUCCAGGUUAACUGUGGGCUUAUUGUGGUGGCUUAUAAAGAUGGCUCCCCUGCACAUCCACAUUUCAUGGACAUGGGCUUGUGCUCUCAGUAUUGGACUAAGUGGCUGCUGCGCCUUGAAGAAUAUGGGGAGAAGAGAAGGAAUGAUGACAUGAGCUGAAUAGUUUAGAGGAAACCAGUCUGAAUUUGGAGCUGAAGCAGGAUAUCCUGGAUUGUAGCUGGGGCUCUGACUCCCUCUUUGACCCUGGGCAAAUCACUUAUUACAUCUGUCCCCGUUUCCCCAUCUGUAAAAUGAGGAUCACUUGUGCAUACUCCACAGGGAUUUUAGGAUGAUAUGAUGGGACACUGAAAUAAAUAGAAAUGAAACUUUGUUUAAAUUUUGAAGCACAGUUUAUAAAGCAUGACACCAAUAGAAUACCUUUCACAAUGAAUAGAAGCAAAAUAUGAGCUUGUUUAAGCAACUGUUGCAGAAGAGUGUAUCUGAAAGUGAAACUGACUUUGAAUCCAGAUAAAACUAACUUUGUUGUUUAUUGUAUUCUCUCCACUUUGAUAAUGCAACAAGGAACAAAAUGGCAUAAAUAGUGAAAGCAGACUGGA